AUGAUGAUGAUGGCCCUCUGCCGCAUUCGAGAUAGUGACAACACUGAGCGAGAGAAUCUCCUGGAUGACCAGUUUGAAAUUCAAGCUGGUCAUCGAGUUUGUUGAGGUUCUCAUGGAAAUUUGAACUUGGAGGGAGAGAAACAUGGGAUGGUGGAGCAGGAGGACUCCAGGCUCGGGAUGGUUGGCGUUUUGGAUUUCGUCCCCGAUGAGUGAAGAUCCGAGAGAGUGAUAGAGUGGGAGUGAGUGAGCGUGGGAGUGAGAGCGACUCUGACACUUGGGCCAAAGAAGUUUAUGUAUGGCAGAGAUAGAGAGGUGGCUGUGGCAAGGAGAAGGAUACAGGCUGGACGCGAAGGUUACCAGUUAGUGAGUUGGUUGCCGAGGUUCAGUGCCAGGAGGUGCAUCAGUUGAGCAACGGGUGUUCUGCGUUGCAGUGCAAUAGUUUCGGACGACCUUGAGUGGGGAUAAUAUCGUUCGCAUCGCGUGGAGUUUGACAAUGCGAUGUGUCGCUGUUGUGGAUUUGGAUGUCCUAGGGGUGUCCACUGGCAGUCAGGCUUUGUGUGAGUCUGACAUGAUUGGAGGGGUAGACAGGCAGUCAGGUUAAACCUGUUCUCAUCUUGCGUCUGUCUUGGACGUAGGAUGCAUUGUUAUCUAUCAUCUUGAUGGGGCGGCCGGUAAGUUUCCAGGGUCGCGCAAGUGCAGGUCGCUGCAUGCGAUGCUGCAAUUGAAGCUUUUCUUGUCUCGAGCGUAAUCUUGUGGUGGCGGUGGUUGGACUCGUUUCAGGAUUGGUUUGCAAGUUGGUUACAUUUAUGUCUGACUGCGGCGGUUGUUGGAAGAUGAAUCGUGGUCUGUAGGACAUGGAGCUCAAUAAAGAGUCUUUAGGGACUUUAGGAUUAAGCCUCGCGCAGACGAAGCUGACGACGGUGUAUAGGGUGGCGAAGCAGCCGCCUGAUGUGGAGAAGAAAGUUGGUCAUAAUCUUGACGGGCUGUUUCGGCUCGCCAACUUCGGCCUGAUCAAACAGGAACCUGUAGAGUACAAUGUAUUGGCAAACGGUAGCCAAGAAAUUGACAGACGAAACAGGAAAUACGGCUUGCAUUCGCUUUCGUGUCGGGAUGAUAAUAUGUUGCUCGUAUCACCUGGGGAAGAACAGGCGGGCAGCAAAUCGUUUCCGUAUGUGCAGCUCUUGACGCAACAGUUGGGUGGUAAAGAUUUGGUAAUUUCUACGGAACCCGGUUCGCCGGCAUGUCUGUCGCUGAAGCGAGUGAAGUUGGAGCUUCACAGCCCUGGUUCAUGUGUUACCAACGUCUGGGAAGCAUCGCAGACCUCCAGUGAUGUCGAAUUGCUCUCCCAAGCUUCCAUGAAUCUCAUAACCUCAGACUCAGACCCAGAUAAUGUUGAACAGUAUAAUGGAGCCUCUCCUGUAGAAGCUCCGCAGUGUCCCGAGCAGGCUCCCGUUGCGUUGGGUCCGCCCCUGAAGCCUCAUCCUUUUAUGAUAUCCUCGGUCAUGAUCCAGGAUUAUGCAAUCGUUGAUAACACCAAGCGUCCCGCGACAGUGAUUGAAAACCCUUUACCCUCACAAAGGAUUCUCACUUCUGUGAAAACAAAAGUAGUUGAGGUAAACAAGAAGUUGGUAACUGCUCUAGAUGUGUUCAGAGGAGGGCUUCUUUCAGCUUCGUCUUUCACGCCACCCAAUGGAGGCGAACUACAAGCACAAAUUCCUUCUGAUUCAGUACCCAACAAGUUGAUGACGGCCUUGCACAUGCUACCUGAGAAGUUGGAGUCCAGGGAAAAUCCACCAGUGGAAAUCACAUAUUGGGAAAAUCCCUUACCUCAACGUGGGAAUGUAGCCGUGGUCCGCGUGAAGAGUGAACCUCUGGACAUCCCUGGAGGGAUUGAAGCUGGAGACGCAUCAGUCAGAGUUGGAUUGCAAAAUCGAGAAAUAGUCCAAGUUAAUGAAAACAUACUGAACCCCAGCGGUUUCUUCUCAGAUAGUGUAGAAUACGAAGUGCCUCGAAUGCUACCUUCGGACAGUGAUGAGACUUUGACGGAGUCCGACGACACCGAUGAUACGGAAGGUGGACGUUUGCCUACGAAGGCACGUAAUGGGGCGCACAUGGGUUCUGGGGACGUUGUUGAUAUGAUCACUUGUAUAUCCGAUAAGUGGAGCGAUGGUGGCCUUGAGAAGAGUCAGAAAGAAAUUAAACCGAGGAAUAGUAAUCCGGGAAGGCGCAUUCAGGGCGGUCGAAUAUAUGACUCAUCUUUUGGUAAAACAUGCCAUUGGUGCCGGCAGAAAACUGUGGAGCAUCAUGUGAAGUGUAGAGAGUGCACGAUUCAUUUUUGCGGGCCCUGUCUUAUGAAUCGAAAUGGGGAGAAUAUUCGUGAAGAGCUAGCCGAGGGAGUGAGAUGGCUUUGUCCUAAAUGCCGGAACGGUUGUGGAUCAGGUUGUAAUAACUGUUGCAAUUGCGGGCCUUGUCGCAAGGCAGAUGGAAAGGCCCCAACGGGUCAGGUAGUAUUUCAAGCACGUAAUGCGGGGUUUGAGAACGUUCAUGAUUAUCUUGUGCAUCUAGAAACAGGUGAAACAUCAGUAGAGAUCGCCCAGCGGAAGGUGGGCCGAGAUUGGACGAAUUGUGGUAGGUUCAAAUGCACGGACACGUCAGGAAUCCCAGAAUCCCGAGAGGAUGCAUCAGAGAGCGAAGCUGGGGAAGAGUUCACUUUGAAUGAGGAAACCUCGACUCAAGUGCACCAAGGAAAGCUGGGCAUGAGGCUUGUUAAGAAAUUUGUUCAGUCUCAGAAGCGGAAGAGAGGGGCAAUGCGAGGAUCUCUUCCGGCGAAAAGAAUGCAACACGAGUUUUCACCUGCAUACAGACGACAAGAUGUAGACAGCAUUCCUGCCCGGUUGGAAGGCACUGGCCAAGAGAACAGCAAGGAAAAAACGAAUGAAGUGAGCUUUGUCAACGUUGGAGUUGACCAGACAUUUAAUACCAAAGAAAAACCCAUUCAGAAUGAUUUGACAUAUAAAAGGAACCAAAAUAGUGGCAUGAAGACCAACAUCAAACGGGAGCAUGUGGAUAUGAAUUCUGAAAAUGGUACGGGAGAAACUUAUCCGGAGAACUUGGUAGCGGGUAAAAGAAGAAAACUUGAGGCGUUUGGUGGAAACCAGAGGCAGGAUGUUUUAUAUGAAGUUAUGUCUUCAAGAUCGUCAUUGAUAAGUCCUUUUUCCGAAGUGUCAUGCAAAGUAGAGCCGAUCACUUUUAGCGAAGAUAAUCGUAGAAUUUCUGGAGACUGCCCAAGCAUUGGUGCUGGUUCCAGGAGAAAGCUCGCCAAUUAUGCAGACAUACCUGGUGGUCAAGUGAGGACAACUUUUGGUUUGGGGAGUGAGCCAAUUUUGAGGAUGAGAGGAGCUAGCGCUUCUCGCGGUGUCAUGAAUGGGCUGAGCAGUGCCUCGACCCAAAUGGUGCUUGAGCAACGCGGGAUGGAAUGCCCAAGUGAUCCUCAAGGAACCAUAUACCGUACUAAACUGAAAUCUGCAUUAGCACAUCCCUUUGAUGCGAAGGAGAUGGCAACACUCGAUGAAUCUGCUAGAUGCCGCAAACCUAUUCAGAAACUACGUCAGAUGCGUGGUCGCAUUGUUGACGUAAUUACAGAGGACGAAGGCCUCUCUUACCUAGACCAUCACCAAGAUUUUGCUUUGAAGUUGGAAGAGGCAGCAAGUCCUCCAGAAAAGUUGGCUCUGUUGCGAGGAUUUUUCUUUUGGCUUCAGCAUUCAUGUAUGGAAGGUGCUUUCAGGCCUUGGUUAGGGGCACUGACAGAGUUUGCACCUCAAUCUGGGGACUGCAUUGAGACUGAGGGUCCAGAUUGCCAGGUGACAGCAGUCGUUCUCCAGCUGGACGAAGCCAAAGACGCUUCGCACCAAGUCGAAAGCAAAAACGUCAUUCACCUGGAUGACGGUAAAGGCUCUCCUCGCCUGGACGAAGUUACGGAAGCUCCACGCCGUCUGAAGCGAAAAUACACGAAGAAGAUACCAAGACCACCUGAAGUUGGUAGAGAAAGUCGUAAACCAGUCAUGAUACCCAGUAUACAGACGUUAAUUCCUUUCCAAGCGAAGAAGAACUCUUUUCAACCAGUGAAGGCGAAAAUGAGAACACAACAAACGUCGCAACCGGUGGUCAGUUACCGGGUGGUCCUUUGUCUACCUGCGCCGGCACUUUAAGUUCUGAGGAGAUCUGAGGACUAGCUUCUGUCGAGUCAGUUUAAUUGAAGAUGCCCGAAGGCAUGAGCUGUGCUGUGGUGUACUAGUUCUUAUGUCUCUUGACCUCCACAAGGGGAUCAUUGCAAAAGAAAUUAGUUUGCGUUCCUAGAAUCGCUGGAAAUUCUUAGUUUUCAUUUGCAAUGAAUAAUUGUGAUUAUAUUGUGCAAACUGUAAUCUCAUCACUAAGAAAACGUUGAAGUAGACAUAAAGUAGUGGUACGAAAGCACAGCAUUCUUAAUUUAUUUUUCAAGCCGCGCACACACAGGGGUCUGGAUGAUAAUCUAUUUCUGAAUUAUUGACCAGGUCACCUGGAUUUUUUGUUAUCUGAAUGUAAUCAACCCGGACCAAGUUGUUGAAGCUGCUGCUGAUAAACUUUAGCUCAGCUCAUUCAAGACA